AUGUCUAGAUUAGUGUUACAGAAAUCUGUGACAGUAGAAGGUGUAAAGUAUAGUUGCCACAUAUCCUGUGUUACGUCCGACCGAGUCUGGAUCAGCGAUGGAUACAACAAUCUUAUAUUAACAAACACAGAGGGUGAGGAAUUAGAUCAUCUCACUGAUGUAGUUAGUGGUGAUGGAGUGCAUACUGUGAAUAAAGACGGAGAUUUAAUUUAUAUAGACAAGAAUUAUAACAUUAUCAAACUGUCCAUAAACAAAUCGAAGAGUAUAAUUAUAAAUUACACGGCUGCAUGGAGACCGCGAUGUAUGCACAGCUCCCUCUCCACUGGAGACCUGUUGGUCGUGAUGCACAAUACAGAGACGGAUGAAAACAAGGUAGCCCGGUAUAACUCUACCGGAGAAAACACCCAGACCAUUCAACACGAUGGUACAGGACAAGAACUAUAUAAAUUACCUAAAUACAUCACAGAGAACCGCAAUGGAGAUGUUAUUGUUUCGGACCUACACCAUGAUAUAGUGGUGACGGAGCGUGGAGGAAGACAUCGUUUCUCCUAUACAGGGCCUCCAUCAGGUACAAGAAUAGAUCCACGUGGAGUCUGUACUGAUGCAGUGUCAAACAUCCUGGUGUGCAGUCAUAAUUCACACACAGUACAGAUGAUUGACAAAGAUGGCAACUUCCUGUCACUUAUACAGACCUUUAAACAAGGCAUGGAAAGACCAUUCGGCCUGGGUUAUUAUGGCAAAACACAGCUCCUUUGGGUUGGUUCACGGGACAACAACAAAGUGAACAUAUACAGAUGUUUGUACGGAGACUCUCCAACUGAUCUUCCUCUUGAAAACUUGAAGUGCAAGAGGCAUCCAGAAGAUACAUUAGGCCGAUUCUGCAUGCAAUGCGAGGUUAGCUUAUGUCGAAAAUGCAUCUCAACUUCUGAUGAGCAUAAAAGACACGACGUCAAAGAGGUUGAAAAAAUAUUUCGUGAAGUUCAUAAGAAAGAUGGAGAUGGGGUUUUGGUUUGUCUUCUUCUUUGCGAUUCGUGCAAAAUAAAUCUGAAAGAAGAACAUUGGAUGAAGAAAGAAGAACAUUGGAUGAAGAAGUAUGAUGCUGUUGCUAAAGUUUACAAGUCCAAGAAGAUUAAAAAGCAAUUCAAUCUUAACAAUUUGCAAAAAUACAAACCAAUAAUCAGGAUACUCAAUCAGGAUAGUUCUGAAGUCACAUUUUCUAGUGAGUUUUUCAAACACACCAGUUUUUUACGAGUUGCGAAAGAUCCGAAUUUCCUGAAUAUUUUUCUGACUUGGGCAGAGAAAGAAAACAUAGCUGAGUACUGCAGGUCAUGGGCCUAUCCAAAGAAAGAGGAAGAAGUGUUUUGCUGGUUGUUACCACAGCAAUCCGAACAACUGAUAAAGAAACUUGAAGAGGGUAUUUUCGAGCAUCCCACAUGGCAGGAUGCAUCAAUACAUAAAGCUGCAUUUAAAAACCUUGGAAUACCAGUCCAAAUUAUAAUGAGAGGAGAUGACUCAGUGAAGAAUUUCAUGGGGAAUUUAAAAAAAGGGGAGACAAUGAUGUACAGUGCCUCUGGAAUGAUAAUUGGAUGCGCCGGAAGUGGAAAGUCAACCUUGCUAGGGAGGUUAAAGGGCGUUGACGUUGAAGAAAUUCAGAAAAUCACAAGAUCAACCCGAGGAAUUGAUGUCCAGACUGACGUUUUUGACGUGUCAGACAACACCAUAGCAAAUUCAUCAAAGCAAAAACAGCGCUUUAAGGUAACAAUGGAAGAAAAAAGUCAACCUGUCAAUGUUCCAGAGCAACCUUUAGAAUUAUCCGAUGAGAAAGUACCGGAUAUUAAUGAACCUGAGCCGGAAGAGAACAAAGACAACUCGGAAAGCGAAGAAGUUAAUGAUGAGAAGAUGUCGCCUAAUACCAUGAACACAGAGACAGGGACAUUGGAAAGAAAGGAAGUUUCUGCACCUUCUGAAAAGGAAGAGGAGGAAAUAGUUGAAAUAGAUCAAAAUGUGUCUGAGAAUUCAGAAAAUUUGGGAAUUUUACGAGUUUCCAAAAAUUUUUCAGAGGACCCAGAAAAAAGAAUCACAAUGCUUGACUUUGCGGGACAGUGUGCAUAUUAUGCUUCACACCAAAUUUUUCUGAGUCCAAGGGCAUUUUUUAUUCUGGUGCUCAAUAUGGAGAAAAAACUUGAUGAUAAGGUUGGGAAAGAAGUGUGUAGUCAAAAGGACUCAAUUUUCAACGGAUGGACUCACAGAGAUUACCUUACUUUCUGGGCGAAGUCUAUUCAUCAAUAUAGCAGUGAAAAGGCUCCAGCUAUACUAGUGUGCACGCACGCUGAAAACAAGACGAAAAAGGAGAAGGUACAGUUUUUCCGUGAAAUAUGGGAGACUUUGGAAACGAAGGACAAGUCUUUACAAAGCCAUUUCGAAACAAAAAAGAUGUUUGCAGUAGGAUUCGAUAACAGUGAAUGCAUUGAUAAAAUCAAACUAUCGAUCGUUGAUAUUGUUAAAAACCUUGAUCACUGGGGUGAAAAGCUACCGUACUCAUGGGCGAUGUUUGAAAACUUCUUUCAGGAAAAGAAAAAGCUUAGAAUUAUCAAGAGAAAUACUCUUUUGGAUUUCAAUGAAGCAUUGCCACAAGAAGUAAAAUUAGAAACAUUCGAAGAUAUAAACACCAUGCUGUUGUUUUUCCAUGACAUCAGAGAAAUUUUAUUUUUCGACAAAGAAUUACUCAGAGAAGUAAUAAUUCUUGAUGUUCAAUGGUUUGCAGAUGCAUUCAAAAAUGUUAUUACUGAUGAAAAUCAUGCAGAGGAGGAUUUAAUUGAGUGUGCAGUAGAGUGGGACCAAUUCAAUGAAACUGGAGAACUCAGUGACGUUUUGCUGUCCCAAAUAUGGAAAAUAAACAAUAAUGAAUACAUUGAACACAAAGAAGAGAUCAUGCUCUACAUGGAGAGGUUAGCACUCUUGGCUAAACUGGAUGAACAAAAAUGGUACGUUCCCUGUAUGAAUAAAAAGAUAUUUCCUGAAAAUAGUUUUUCCUCAUAUCCUGCCUCAUCCAUCCUCUGCUAUAUGUUUGAUGUUCUUCCUGCUGGCAUUUUCCAGCGCCUUGUUGUGAGUUGCAUACAAUUUCCAUGGGAUAUUGUCAAAGAAAAAAAGGAAGAAAAGAAUACCCAUGCAUUUACCAAACAGCGGCUGUGUUUCUGUUCAAAGAACAUAAUAUUCUGCUUGGCAUGACUUCAACAGAAAUUCAGCUACAGGUGUGUGUUAUUGACGGAGAAGUUGAAAUACCGACAUGUUUCGAAAUAAGAGAAAAAAUAGAGAAUGAAUUGCAUAUUCUUUCCUGUACUUUCCAAAAAAAUUCGAAAUUCCAUAUCGGCUUCAAAUGCAAACCUGUAGGCUUCUGUGAUAAUGGAAAAAGUACCAUAAUAAA